AUGCGGACCUGGCGACAGUUGCUGAAGGUGAGAGGGUGGCUGUGUGUGCCGGUCGGUACCGCGAUACCGACAGACGGCUCGAGCGAUUUGGCCUUAGACCGCCACGGUCCGCUCGCUACCGCUCCACGACCCGGUGGCUGCACACUAUUGCCGUGUGUGCAUACCACCAAUCACGAAUCACGCUCGUUGACGGCUGGCGCGGAUAACAGCCUGAGUCGUCUAUACAAUAAGACGAGAAGGAUUGUGAAGGAAUGCGAUGCGCCCGCUCCUCUCGUAUCCGGGUGGGUGUCGGGAAUCGGGAUGCACAUGUUGCACUGCCUGCUUACCAGCAUGUGCCAUUCCGUUGAGAUGAUGCCAACGUGGAGUAGGAUAUUACCAAGUGGAGAAUCCGCACCGAAGCUGCGUGUCACUAGCCGCUGUUGA